CAAGAAUUAAAUAAAAUGUCUUCUUGCUCAACUUUCUGUAAAAUCUCCCUUCCCAACUGAUCUCCUUCUUCACUGGUCCUCGUUUGCUGAAUUUACUCAAUGGCCAGCAAUGAUGCAAAAGUGAAAGGGUCUUUGCUAUCAGGAUUGGUGAAUCCUACAUCUCAAACAAACAUGACAGAUACUCGUAACAGAAGACGAUAUCAGCGUGGUAAACGCUCUGUUCCUGCUCGUUCUUCUUUCUCCAUGCAGACAACAAUUGGUAGUGCUCCUACUAGGCCGUGUAAAUCCAUCAUUGAGAAAAUAGACCCUGAUCUAAUGCAUGUAGCCAUAUUCUUGGCCGUAUAUAUAGUAGCAGGAACAUUGUGCUUCUAUAACCUGAGGCCCCAGAUGAAAGGAGAGAAAACAAAUGCAAUUAUUGACACUGUCUACUUCUGUAUUGUAACAAUGGCCACUGUCGGAUAUGGAGACCUUGUGCCUGACAGUGUCCUCACAAAACUACUGGCCUGCGUUUUUGCCUUCACAGGAGUGGCACUGGUUGGAUUAGUCCUGAGCAAAGCAGCAGACACUUUGGUCAAGAAGCAUGAAGAUUUGCUAGUAAAAGCUUUACAGAUGUAUCAGAGUUGCGGUCUAAUUGAAGAAGCUAACAAAGAGGUUAAGAUCAAUGGAGUGAGAUACAAGUGUUUGUUGGUCCUUAUGCUUCUAGUGGUGCUCAUAAUUACUGGGACAACAUUCCUAGCUACGGUUGAGAAGUUAGACCUUAUUGAUGCAUUUUAUUGUGUUUGUAUCACUAUCACAACCCUUGGAUACGGAGAUGAGAGCUUCAAAACCAAAGGAGGGCGCGUUUUUGCAGUGUUUUGGAUACUCACAAGUACCAUUACUUUGGCUCAGUUUUUUGCCUACGUUGCUGAGCUUAAAACUGAGAGCAGACAUAGGGAAUUGUUCGAGAGGGUUCUUGGUCGGAAGAUGACAGAUGAUGAUCUGGAAAAAGCGGAUGUUGAUGAUGAUAGUUCUUUGGAGACUGCUGAGUUCAUCCUAUAUAUGCUUCAAGAUAUGGGGAAGAUUACCAAAGAUGACAUCUCUCUUGUGAAGGAGGAGUUGGAACGGCUCGAUGUUGAUCAAUCAAGAACUUUGUCAGUGUCUGAUAUAAUGGUUCAAGCAGACAAAGUGGCUCUACCUAUGUGAAAGUGUCACAUCACUGAUGAUGAUCAACUCCUGAAAAACAAUGGGAAAUAAAUAGUGAACGUUACAAGUUAAGUUUCUAA